AUUUGAGGAAUGAUUGUGUCAAACUGGCACUUUCCAUGAAAUCCAACUAUACAGACUAUCGCUCCUAGUAUAAAUGACCAGUCAAACCUGGACCGUCUAAGAAUGAACUGGACACAGGUCUUUUUCACUCUGAGUUUCACAGUAGUCGGAGGCUACAGUGACACUACGGUGACCAUCCACCCUCAGUGGCUGGCACAGGGAGGAAGCGCUCGCUAUGACUACAAUAGAUGGAACAAGCACAAUAACUUGGAUCAACCAAACCUCAUUCCAAACUGUCGGAGGCUUCUGACUGAUAGUGGGCGCUGGGGUGACCCAGACACAAACAGUCGUCUCUUUCAAGACUGGCCAGAAGACCCAAACCGAAGUGGCUACCCUGACCCCAACUACUUGAAGAACGUCACCAUACAACAGCAAGUGUGCUCCAGAUACGUACAGAACAUCAACACUGUUUAUGAGAACGACAUGAUCAUGGUGACAGAAGCUCUUGAAUUCCCGAGUUGGAUAGACACGUCUGAUCAUGAUGGUCAUUUCCCAAACAACGUUGAUGCUGCUGCAGAGUUUAUGAUGUUGUUGGUACAAGGAAUUUAUGACUACACCAAAGGACGGAUACCACCCUACAUUGAGCCAAUAAAUGAACCGGAUGGUAAAUGGCAAAUACUGAAUUUCACCACUAUUUCUGCCUUUCACAAAAUAGUUGCAGAGAAACUCCAUGCCAGAUUUAACAUCAAGGUGGCUGGUCCUACAAUUACCAGUGAAAUUAACAACGCAGAUUUACACGACUUUUCGUAUUGGCAAAAAGUGGCAAGUUUCAUGGAUAUCACUCUCGGCUAUAUAGAUGUAUUUUCUUUCCAUGCGUACAAUGACCUCGUUGUUUCGGGAAGAUCUUACAAUUUUACUGGAGCAAAUGAAGCACAUCUGGUAGCAUUUAUAGACCUGGUUGAAAACUACGCCUCUCAGAAGACCGGUAAGAUUAUUCCUCUUGUUAUCAGUGAAUAUGGUCGCGGUGCCGUCAGAGGACUUGACAAAUAUGCUCCAUCACCCAUAAUUGACUUUUCAACAAUCUACCAGUCCAAUGCCCACAGAUUUACCCAACUGGGUCUGAGGGAAUACAUUGACAGAGCAGUGGCCUUUCUUCUUGCCAGUGAAGAAAGGCCAGGACGUUACAGUCUCAACUAUUCACUUUUCACACCUGAAGGAAAACCCACCCGUAUUGUCGACGUUUACGAGUUUUGGUACAAAUUCGCGUCAGGCUUCUCCUUUAUCAGCACUACCAGCCAGUAUGACGGAGAGGAACGUACAGUGUCGCCAUUAGCAAUGUCAAGUACCUCCACGAACGAAACCGUCAUUCUCUUGCACAGUUAUUCUCGGAGGUCACAGGCAGUCAAGCUAGUUUUCCAAGGAGACUGGAUCAAACCAACAACUGGCCAAGCUACUUGCACCACCAUCAAGGACGACUGGUUCCCAGUCAUCACCUUCAACGAAACCAUCGACAUCCAGAAGACACAAGGAAUUGUUGAACUUCCUCCUGAAGCAUCAUGUCACUUUACAUUCAACACCCCUUCAAACAAACUUCCUUCAGUCACUCUCAACGAAACCACAUAUUACGGAGCGGAUACACUGAUACCAAUCAAGGGCGAUGUUGUCUCGACAGUGAUAUCUCUACCAAAUGGCCAGUAUGACAGUGCAAGGCUGAGAGUGUCAACCAGUUGGCUGAUCAAUGAAACAAACAGUGUAUCAUAUCUUACCUUUAACCUCCACCGCCUUGACGCUUUCUUUAAACUGUAUGAUUCAGGCAAGUUUAAUCCUGCCAGGAACAUGUAUUGGAAUGUAUGGGAGUUUGUAGUCCCCACAUCUGUGUUUGUCACAGAUUCCAACCAGGUACAGGUUCACUUCUCUAACAACAAGACAACAGGAUAUGUUUCUUCUUUUGCUCUUGUUACGGGCAAGUUGGUUCCAUCUGACAAGUCAGAUUAAUAGUCAUGCGUCAUAUUCGAAUUAUUAAAGAAUUUCCAUUAA